AUCCCGAACAAAACGAGUUCUACUCUUCCUGCAUGGCCUAGGGUUUUUCUUUUGCCGCCUUUAUUUGCCCCCCAAAACCCCUUCGUUCCCAUCUCCAUUCCUGCGAGAGAGAGAGAGAGAGGAGAAGAAGAAGAAGGAGGAGAAGAAGCAGGAGAAGGAGAAGGAGAAGUGCAGAUUGCAGCAAUGGCGACCACGAAGGUUCAAAGGAUUAUGACCCAGCCCAUUAAUCUCAUCUUCAGGUUUCUACAGAGCAAAGCAAGGAUCCAGAUUUGGCUUUUCGAGCAAAAGGAUCUCAGGAUCGAGGGUCGGAUUAUUGGCUUUGAUGAGUACAUGAAUUUAGUGCUGGAUGAUGCUGAAGAGGUCAACAUCAAGAAGAAGACGAGGAAGUCUUUGGGAAGGAUUCUUUUGAAGGGAGACAGCAUAACACUCAUGAUGAAUACGGGUAAAUAAUGGGGAGAUUAUGCAGAAGUUGGAAUCUGCUGGGGCUGGGGGUUACUGUCAGCGAUUUGAUGUGAUAUGUAUCAUUGAACAUAACUUAAUUUUGUGUUGUGGGUUGGUCUGAAGGAGGACAUCUUUUGACUGUAGGAUCACAUACUUAGCAGCCUCUUCUGUUCUUUUCAGUGGUGGCUGCAAUGGUGCGAAUACUAAAGUCCAACAGUUUUACUGUGUA